CUCACUUCUGCCGAGCGCAGGAAAAGUGAAACGCAGCCCUCGCACCCGAGCUGUCCGUGGGGCUGCCGCGCCAGCCAGGGGAGAAGAUGUCAGACUCGGAGGGGUGCCAGAAGGGUGCGGAAGGUGUGAACCAAGUGGGAGAUGAAUCUCCUGGGGAGAGCGAGAGGCUGACAGCACAGUGGAGCGUGGAAGAUGAGGAGGAGGCGGCGAGAGAGCGGCGACGGCGGGAGCGGGAGAAGCAGUUGAGGUCCCAGGCAGAGGAGGGCUUGAAUGGCACCGUCUCCUGCUCGGAGAGUGCGAGUCCGGCGCAGGAAAACCACUAUGACUUUAAGCCAUCUGGGACUUCAGAGCUGGAGGAGGAUGAGGGGUUCAGUGACUGGUCCCAGAAGCUCGAGCAGCGCAAACAGAGGUCUCCACGACAGUCAUAUGAAGAAGAGGACGGUGGUGUGAGGGAAACUGAAGUCAAACUGGAGCAGAUCCAGCUGGGUCGGGAAAGCCUGGAGGAGAUCCAGGAGGAGAAUGUAGUUAUCAGGGAGGAAGAGAGGCUGUGCCAGGAGGAAGAACCGGUCCAAGAGCGUGAGGAAGAGGAGAGAGCUGAGCAAGAGGAAAAGAAGAGAAGGAGAAAUGACGAGGAAGAAGAAGCAUCAGAAAAGCGCCAGAAGGCCCCAAGCCCCCCCGGCGGGGAAGAGGAGGAGCUGGGCUCGGACCACGCCACGGUGUGCUCCAUGAAGGUUCGUGUGCCUGCGCCCCUCUGGAGGCAGGGCAGCCACAGCACCUCACCCGUGACGAGGAAAGAUGAUCCAGGGCUUGCGAUCACAGACAGGACCGAGUCACUGAACCGCUCCAUAAAGAAAAGUAACAGCAUAAAGAAGACUCAGCCUCCCCUCCCCGUGUCGAAGAUUGACGACAGGCUGGAGCAGUACACACAGGCUAUUGAGACAUCCACAAAGGCUCCAAAACCUGUCCGACAGCCCUCUCUCGACCUUCCCACCACCAGCAUGAUGGUAGCCAGCACAAAAAGCCUCUGGGAGACCGGAGAGGUCACAGCUCAGUCUGCUGCGAAGCCCCUGCCCUGUAAGGAUAUCGUGGCUGGAGACAUCAUGAGUAAAAGAAGCCUUUGGGAACAGAAGGGCGAUCCCAAGCCUGAGACCAGUAUCAAGUCCACUCAUUCUGGCAAAAGGUAUAAAUUUGUUGCAACAGGCCACGGCCAGUACAAGAAGGUGUUGAUAGAUGAUGCUGCAGAGCAAUAGCAUGCUUGGAGAACUCAUUAACCAGCUGAGCUUGGUCCUGGCUCGAUGCAAACCUCAAUGCCACUAUUUCCUCUGCUCCACAGAAGAUAAUUGAAGGAUGUUUCUCUUCUCCUGCCUGAUGUCAGUCUGCUUUGGUACAGCCUGACUCCUCUCGAGGUGUGAGCAAUACCCCACUGCCUCCGGAUGGAUGAAAGGAACUAAUCAGCUGGCAAAACCCACCCCUGUUUUAACCUUUUCUGUGACUCUCUGGCUUUUUUUUUUUUUUUUUAAUAUGGCUCUGCUAUGGAGAUGGGAGGCUGUGGGUCUGUUCCCUCUCUUCUUUCUCAAGUGUGGGAAGAGAGGGGUCUGCUGCCCUGCUGAGCUGGCAGGGCUUUUGCUACGUGAUGAAGAACUUCACCCAGUGACCAAAAGCCACAACAGCAGUGGGAGAGAGUGGGCUCAACAGACACCCGCUAAAAGAACCCGUGUUUGAAAGGAGGGCCACGGGCAGAUCCUGAGCAUGAGGAGGCUGCAAGGGCCACUUGUCACCCUGUUGGUGCCAGCUGUGGGUAGAGUCUUCCCCUGUUUACAGUGCAGCCUCUGUCCCUCUUUGAGGGGCUUCCAUCUGCUGUCUCUGUGUACAUCAAAUCACAUUCAGCUUACUCCCGUUCAGGGGUGUUUUUUUCUGUAGUUCCCAGAUCAUCCUUUAAUCACAGUCAUAUACCUGUGCCAAAAUGUUCCUGCCACUUCUCUGUCUUAGCAGCAUUAGCAGCUUUGUGUCAGACAGCUGCUGCCCUCCUCUCCCUGUCUAACAUGGAAUGCAGGUCUCCUUUCCCAGGGGAGGAGUGCUGACCGCUGCUGGUAUCUCCCCCUUCUGGGAAAGGGAUUUGCUUGUUCUCUAACCUGUGGGCUCCAAUGCUGGUGACCAAAACACUUCGGAGCGUCAGAGGUGGUGGGCGUGCUGAUACCCUGCCUGCUGUGCUCCUGGAGGUGGGCAGGGUCUCUGGGUUAUUAAUUAAUCUAGGAUAUUAAGGCUGCUGCUUAAGGAUGAAAGGGCAUCCUAGUGAGCUGUUUGGGGAGGUCAGCGCUUGCUGUGAACAUGGGAAACUGAGCCCCAAAGAAUGGCACUCUGGCCUUGGGCCUGAGGUCUGGAACUCAGCUCCCAGGGCUGUUUCUGAACUCUCCCACAUCUUCAUGAUGUUAGCCUGCCCCCCAUCCCCUCUUUAAAGUCUUACUCCUACCCUCUUCCCAUGUCAGCAUAAUUUUGCAGCUAGUUUCUGCUCUCCUGGAGGGGGGGCAGUUUUUCUUUCCUCUUGCAUCAGUGUGCUUUCUGCUUAAAUUUACUGCGACCUGGAUAUUUUUUUUUUUUUGGUAAGCAUUUAAUAAAAUUUGAGGAAGAUGUUGUAA